AUGUCUGCCCGGAGGUGGACCAAACUUAACAAACAAAGAUCCUUAGCGGAAUCCCUGGCACCCCCUGAGGAUGAUGGUGUCCAUGUGUACCUCUUCUGGAGUCCCAGCGGAGAACGUUAUUUAUCUCAUACGACUGCGCAAGAGAUUACCGCAGAGGAGUUGUGCAUUUCAGCCGCAGAGGCUGUCGGGAUUACGCCUCUGUACUCUGUGUUGUUUGCACUAUAUGACCCCGCAUCAUGCUGCUGGUACAGUCCACCAGAUGUUUUUAACCCACAGGAGGGAUCCUGUCUCAUUCUUCACUACCGAAUGAGGUUUUACUUUCACAAUUGGCACGGAUUAAAUGAAAAAGAGCCAGCUGUGUCUCGUUUUGCUGUCAAAAGCGAGACAGAUGGCAGUGCCGACAGCCUACCGCUCCUGGAAAUUAAAUCAGUGGAGUAUUUAUUCGCUCAGGCUAAAUACGAGUUCGUCAAUGAAAUCAUUCCAAUGGAGAACGUCAGAUCGGAGGAAGAGCUGAAUCACUUUAAAAAUGAAAGUUUGGGCCUGGCUAUGCUGCACCUCAUGCACCUUGCGCUGCAGACAGGCAGCACCUUGCAGCGUGUUGCAAAAAAGACCAGCUUUAAAAAGUGCAUCCCCAAGUCCUUCUCCAAACACAUAUCAGAAGACAAAAUUCUUACAAAAAUGAGGAUCCGGUGGAUGUUUGAGCGCUCCAUGCGCACCUACCAGCACAAAAUGGAAGCAAAGCGGCCGGACACCAAGGAGAUUUUGUGCAAGUACCUCUGUGCUCUUGAGUACUUGGCGCCACGUUUCGGCACAGAGACCUUCUCCGUGCGCCACUUGCGACUGAGAGAGUACGACGAAGACAGGAGUCUCGAUGCCUCGAAAGGUGACUGCGGUGCUGAGGUUGCAGCCACGCACGAACUGAUGGUGUCUGCUGUCGAGGGGCUUCAGUGGAGGGAAAUGACAUCCUGUGAGAAGGCCAACGGCGUGCUGAACGGUGACUACAAACAGAAAAUAAAGCAACGAACCAGCCACCCGAAUGAAGCCGCUCCAAUUAAAUGGAACAGUUUUUGUGACUUCCCUGAAAUAAUUCACAUUGCCAUCAACGAGACCAAUGUUUGCAUUAGCACUCAGUACAAUAGCUGCAUGGAGAUUGAGAUGAUCUCCAACCAGGAGGCCCGCUCCUUCAUCUCUUUGCUCGAUGGAUACUAUAGGCUGACCGCGGAUGCCCACCACUAUCUUUGCCGUGAGCUGGCGCCCCCUAAGGUGUUGCUGAGUGAAGCUAAUGGACUGCACGGACCAAUGCAUGAUGACUUUGUGCUACACAAGUUAAAAAAGGAGGAAGCAGAAGAAGAAGCUUGCCUCGUACGUUGGAGUGUUCUCGACUAUAACCGACUUGUCUUGGCCGUUCCUAACAAAUCGGAGAAUGGAUCAAUGCCGAGCCACAAGCUAUUUUGCAUUCAACAUAAAGAUUCGGUCUUCUCCCUGGAUGGUUGGCAGCAGGAAUUCUCCAGUGUGAAUGAGCUCGUAGACAACCUGAAAGACUAUAUACUCAAGUCUGGCACUGAAAGUUAUACCAUUAAAAAAUGCUGCCGGCCCCGGCAAGGAGAGCUGUCCAACCUCCUCGUGAAGAGGCAUGGUAAGCAUGAUGCAGCAAACAGUCGCAUACUUUCCCCGAACAAGUCGGAGCUUUGCUUCCAGAUCAAGUACAAAGACAUCCUUACGGGCCCGCAUUUGGGUUUUGGCACACGAACUCAGAUCUACUCAGCACAUUUGCAAGUUGGGGCCGAAGCCGAUGAACUGGACGACGACUUCAACAGCGAUAAACAAAAGAAGGUUCGAGUGGUGCUCAAGGUUCUUGAGCAAAGCCAAGACGAUAUAACAUUCGCUUUCUUCGAGAUGGCAAGUCUCAUGAGCCAGGUGUCCCACAGUCACUUGGUGAUUGUCCAUGGUUUGACUGUCAACGGAUCUGAAAAUAUUAUGGUGGAGGAGCUUGUGGAAUUUGGGCCUUUGGACGUUUUUCUACGCAGAGAAAAAGCCAAACUGACUCCUCGGUGGAAGUUUAUUGUCGCCAAACAACUUGCCAGUGCCCUGAAUUACCUUGCGACUAAAGGUCUUGUUCAUGGAAACGUCUGUGCCAGGAACGUCCUUGUGGCGAGGCAAGGUCUGGGUCAAGGCACGUCUCCUUUAGUCAAGCUGAGUGACCCAGGAAUUCCUGUCAAUAUGCUACACGAGGAAGAGCGACUGGAGCGUAUUCCCAGCAUCGCUCCUGAGUGUGUCUACAGUGUGGCGCCCAUCAGCGUCGGCGCCGACCAGUGGAGUUACGGUGUCACACUUAUGGAAAUCUGCAACGACGGUCGUCUCCCCUUGAGCGGCGCCACAUUGAUGCAGAAGGAGCAGUUUUAUCAGCAAAAGAGAAAAUUGUUGGAACCGUCCUCCCCAGGCCUGACUGCCCUCAUCAUCAGCUGUCUUUCCUACAAGCCCUUGGAGAGGCCUUCCUUCUCCUCUUUGCUCAGGGACCUCAUCGAUAUCAUGAACAAAAAUCCUAAUAUAUCUCCCAACGAACCUCUACAUCAAACUCAAUCCACUGUGUUCCACAAGCGCCAUCUGAAAAGGAAGCACAUAUUAGGAAAGGGUAAUUUUGGAACCGUGACUCUGUACUUGUACGACCUUUUCAACAACGGCGAGGGGGAGCUUGUGGCCGUCAAGGCACUGAAACAAGAGAACGACACCUUGCCCAACUAUUGGCUGAAGGAGAUCGAGACCCUAAAGGCCCUCGAUCAUUCCAAUAUCGUCAAGUACAAAGGAUGCUGCACUGAAAUGGGAGGGCAAGUGGUACAGCUUAUAAUGGAGUACCUUCCACUCGGCAGCCUAGAGAGGUACCUUCAAAAACAGGGACAGAGUACAUCUCAGUGCCUGCUGUUUGCUCAGCAGAUCUGCCAGGGGAUGGACUACUUGCACUCGAAGCGAUACAUUCAUCGGGACCUCGCAGCACGUAACAUUUUAGUGAAAAAUGAAAACUGGGUAAAGAUCGCAGACUUUGGCCUAUCCAAAUACAUCCCAGAGGAUAAAACCUACUACCGCGUGAGAGAAGAUGGUGAUAGUCCAGUCUUCUGGUAUGCCCUCGAGUGUCUACAAGACAGUAAAUUUUCAUUUCGUUCCGACGUUUGGUCCUUUGGCGUGACGUUCUAUGAGAUCCUGACCCGUUGUGACCCAAGCCAAAGCCCUCCACGGAAGUUUGCUGAGAUGGCGGGCUUACCUCCUAAAGAGAUGAACGUUAGCGUGCUCAUUAGCUUGUUGCAACAGAAGCGCCGUCUUCCUUGUCCCAGAAACUGUCAUCCUGAGCUGAGGAUCAUAGCGGAGCAGUGUUGGCACCAAGAUUCAGCAACAAGGCCGUCAUUUCAAUGCCUUUAUGACAAGCUCGAGGCUGUUCGCACACAGCCAAAUGUAGACUUUUUUAGAUUAGGAAUUUAA